AUGGGAGCACUGCAUAGGGAGCUGGGGGGCAGCGGGCCAGGAGCUGGGGGGCUGAGGGGCAGCGGGCCAGGAGCUGCGGUCGCGGACGCAGAUUUCUCAUCGUCGCAGCGAGCAUUUGGAACGCUGGUGUCCGGCCUGCUGUUCCCGUUCCUGCUUUCAGUUCCCGGGCUGACAGCGGCCCCCGAGGUCUCCGCCGGCCGCGACCUGAGCGGGGAGCCCCUGCCACUGCAGCCGCCCGAGCAGGCGCCACGACCCGCGCGCCCAUUGGCCGAGAGCGCGGCCGCCCGGGCCAAUCGCGGGGCGCGGCCGAGUGUCCAAUGGGAGCGCGGCAGGCUCCGGAAAGCGGCGCGGAGCGGUGGGCUUGGGGUCCCCGCCCGGCGUGGCUCGGAGUCCAGUUCUGGGGUGGGGCGGCGUCUUGCCCCGGCGGCCCAGCGGGGUCUCGCACGUGCGCCUCCCGCCCGGCCCGCGCCGCCGCGCACACCUCCCGCGAAGUGGGCGCUGCUGGGAGCAGCCGACACAGGCUGGGAGGCUGCGACCCCGCCGCUCCCAGGGACAGGGCCCGUCGCGGGCGUUCCAGCGCACGGCCUGGCCUUCCCUUGCGAAGCGCGGGUCCGGGGCCGCUGCCGUCCCGCGGGUCCGGGAGUCGCCAGGGCCGUGCGAUUCCGGGACUCCGCCGCCCCGAGACAGGAGAGGGCGGAGGCUGGGCCUCCGGGCAGCCGGGCCCCACGUGAGCGCCGCUCCGCAGAGGGCCACGGUCGCAGGCUCGGCCGCCGGGUUCCCUGCCGCACGUUUCCCGCGUGUCCGGCCUGGCACGCGGAGGCCUCGCCGACGACAAGCGGUGGGCGAGAGUCCGCCCCGAGAUCCCGCCUGCACCCGGCCAGGGCGCCCUCCAGACCCCGCGCCCACGGGCCUUCCCGCGUAGCAGUACCGAGGUGCGGUUCCCGGCGCACCCAGGGGCCUUCGCCCGGCAAUGAGGGACGCGGAGCACGUCCGUGGGAAACGCCCAAGGUUGUCACCAGACACUUCACGAUGGCCCCAAACACGUGAAAAGGUGCUCAAGCAAAUUCAGCCACCAAGUGUGUCGUGUUUCACCUACCACACGCCAGCGGUGGGCGUUGGCAUUCGGGGAGAGGCGCACGAGAUUCGGUAAACCUCCAGCUGGAUAGACUGGUGUCAGGAGCUGAACUGUGUCCCCUCAAAAUUCCUAUGUCGAAGUCCUGAAGCUGGAACAGAGUGUAUUGGGAAAUGGGGCCUUUAAAGAGGUAAUCAAGCUAAAACAACCCAGUAUGACUGGUGUCCUCACAAAAGGAGAUCAUGGAACAGAGACAGAGGGACACCCACGUGAGGACACAGGGAGGAGACGACAUCUACAAGCCAAGGACAGGGGCUUGGGGAGAAACCAGCCCAGCCAACAUCUUGAUCUCAGACUUCUUUCCUCCACAAUUGUAAGGUAACAAAUUUCUGUUGUUUGCGCUUCCCAGUCUGUGGUUCUUUUUUAUGGCAACCUUAGCAAACUAA